CUCCUGGUCAUCACUCCAUUCUGCACAAAAGUCGUCUCCAUGUCCUCUCAGAGUAAAGAACUAAAAACCACCGAGGAAUUGGCUCUCCAGACUCUCCUGCUUUUCCAGGUUAGUUUUGGGAUUCUGGUCAACAUUUUUCUGUUUUUCCACAAUUUCUCUCCCAUCUUUAUUGGCUCUCGACUGAGGCCCACACAGGUCAUUGUCACCAACUUGGCUGUGGCCAAUGUGUUCAUUCUCAUUGUCACUGCAUUUCCAAACAAGGUGAUGGUUUUUGUUCCAAGGAAUCCUCCAACUAACCUGAAAUGCAAAAUUGAGUUCUUCAUUCGCCUGGUGGUUCGAAGCACAAACAUGUGCACCACCUGUUUCCUAAGCAUCCAUCAGUUUCUCACUCUUGUUCCUGGUCAUUGGGGUAGGCUGAUGCCUCGAGGAAGAACCCCUAAUGUCGUGAGUUAUUCUUGUUACAGUUGUUGGUUGUUCAGUGUCUUAAAUAAUGUCUACAUUCCAAUGAAAGUCACUGGUCCACAGAGCACAGGCAAUGACACUAACAAUAUAAGCAAGUGGGUCUGUACCACAUCUGGAUUCACUGUAGGCAUGGUCAUCUUGCGUUUUGCCCAUGAUGCCACAUUCAUCAGCAUCAUGGUCUGGACCAGUGUCUCCACGGUGCUUCUCCUCCAUAGACAUCACCAGCGAACACAGCACAUCCUCACUGUCAAUCAGAACCACAGAGGCCAUGCUGAGACCAGAGCAGCCCAUACCAUCCUGAUGCUGGUGGUCACCUUUGUAAGCCUUUAUGUUCUAGACUGUAUUUGCAGUUUGUUUCAUGGUUCUUUUGUGGACUCUCGUCUCUGGUUGAGGUGUGUAAAUGAAGUUUUCAUUGCAGGCUUCCCCACUAUUUCUCCCUUCCUAUUGAUCUUUAGGGAUCCUAAGGAUCCUUGUUCUGUGCUCUUCAAAUGCUGA